CGUCACAAAUAUGUCAUGGCAGCACUUCCGACAGAUGCUGCUUGUCUUCCGACCGCCAUGUUCCAUUGUACCGAUUGUGCGCCUGGUAAAAGUGCAAGCGCAAGUUUCGUGAUACAGGAAACGUAUACCAUGUCAGAUCAAGAUGAUGCCUUGUUGGAUGAAGAUUUGGGGGACGAAGUUUACGAUUUGGGUAACGACGAAGAGGAAGCUCUUUUGGCCGACGACUAUGAAAUUGAUAGGCAGAAUAGCUAUAAGGGAGAAGAGGAAACAGACGAUGUACUGGACUUAGGAGUCACGGAUGCCCUCGACGACUUAGAGGGCGAAGAUGAAAAUCUAGAAUAUAGAAGCGACACUGAAAACCAUAACUACAAUGAGUUUUACAAGGAAGAACAUACGGAUAAUCAUGGAGACUAUUAUCAUAAUCAAGAGGAGCAUGAAGAAAUUCACGAUAAUAAUUAUGAUGACGGUGUUGGGCCAAACAAUAGUGGUGAACAAAAUGCCUUGAACACAGUUGAUUUGCGAGAAAAAUUGCAGAAGAAUGUUCAAAGAAAGGUUUUCGUUGGGAAUGGACAAGGAUUGGAGGACGACGAUUGCGACGAGGCCGAGGAAAGAAGAAAUCGUUUUCAAAAUGAGCGAAUUAUGAUAUCGCCAAAGAUGAACCACGAUAUUCCGGACUCACUUGAGAAUGUCGUGACUGCGGAACAGAUGAGGCAACCGCCUUUAUUCAGAACGAGAGGGCGUGGACGUGGAAUUAGAGGGAUUAGAGGCAGAUUUGUUGUUCCAGGUGCACAGGGAAAUUACAUACCUCGAUACAAUCCCAAUAUGCGUCCUCAAGCAAAUUUUACGGAAGCAAAACCCUUUCGACCGGCACUGUUGGAAGGACGACCGCCAAUGUUUCCGAGGAUGUCUUUAAACAACGCCAUUAAUCAUCAACAUCUUCACCAUCAUCAGCAGCAGCAGCAGCAACAGCACCAACAUCAACUACAACAACAGCAGCAGCAGCAACAGCCACAUCAACAGCAACCUCCGCAGCAACAUCAGCAUCAACAGCAACAAAUAAUCUAUCAGCAAAAUGCUCCGCAGAUUCCGUCUUACAUGCAAAACGGUCCACCACAAGCCGCAGGUGGUCCGCACUUCCCGGAGCAUCGUCCACCGUACAAUCCAAAUCAAUUUACGCCACAGGGAAUUCCGCAGGGGCCACGCAUGAUCGGACCACCAAGACUCGAGUACAGACCGCGCGGACCAAUGCCAGGGAAUGCAAUGCCUCGUUACAACUGUCCACCGGCUGGUCCGAAUUUCAUGACGAAUCAAUCCGGCCACUUUCAAGCACCAUUGAUUCCUGGCAAUCAGGGCCCCUCGUUACUCGGCACUCCAGGACUAAAUUUAUCUGGUAAUCAACCACCAUCCGGUAUAAGAGUUAAUCAAGGAGUUCCCCAUCCACCUAAUCAAGGACCUCCGAUCCGUGAAAAUCCCAUGAACGUUAUGAUUCAAAACUUCCCGCGUAUGCCAGUACCCAAUCAAGUACCAACGCCGGCGAACCGACCACCGAUGCCGAAUCAAUCCAACUUCGAUGAUCGUCUCAACUUUCAAGAGCCACCGAACUUCGUCGAAAAUCGUCCGAUCUACGAAGGCGGCGGACCUAUUUACAAUAAUCAACCACCAUCUCAAUUACCGCAAGGCAAUCCCGUCAUCAACCCGGUUAAUGUUCCGUCCCAACAAACCGGGCCUCACGUACCGAAUGUUCCCAUGCCUCCUGGUCAUAAAAUACUCAUUAAUCCACACUUCAGAGGAUCCGUACAAACCUCGUCUGACGCGAGACUCGCUUGGGAUCCGCAACAACAACAGCAACCACCACCUCAACUCCAGCCGCCUCCGCAUCAACAACAACCACCGCAACAUCAUCCACCAACGUCGGGCGCAGGUUUUACCCGACCACCGUCAUCGUACCAAGGCCAAGAUCCUUACGGUCAACCCCCAGCACCGUCACAACAUUCUGCGCCUCAGGAAUAUCAGCGUAGUUAUCAACCCGUCAAGAGUGAUGAUCCUUACGCCUAUUUCUCGGAUGUUUGGCAAGAGAACAAAAUUCAGAAGCCUCCAACAGCAAACAAGUCUUACCCUUCGGAAAGUACAUAUUCGCGGGACAAUUACACGAACUAUGGAAAUAAGUACGCCAAAAGUGAAAGCACAUGGGAACACAGAGACUCGUACGAAGGGGAACAAAGAGGACAGAGUCAAAGUUAUCGUGAUCGCGAAGCCGUGCCGAGGCCACGAAUCGAUAAUAUUCCAAAGCAACGAGCUACAAAUUCAAGUAACAAUUAUCACCACGAGUCUUAUGAACAGAGGCCAAGAUCAACUACGAACUCUGCACGACCUCCGCCGAGAUUGCCCAUAAAGAGGAGUCCUGAACCACAAGAACGAAUGCCUCGACAGUUGAGUCCCAAACGCGUGAAAACGAUGAACAGUCGACAAGAAUUUCGUUCUGCUAGCUCGACUAACGAAAACGUCAACGCAAGAAAAGAAGAGGACGUAGAUCCUGAGAUGAGGGAAUACAGGAAAAAAAUGGACGAACAGAAACGUUUAAGGGAAAAAAUCUUACAGGAAAAAGAGAAUCGACGAAAACAAGCAGCCAUGGAAAAAUCCGGUGACGAAUCAAGAGAAAAUUCAAAAACCAUAGAGACAGUUCAGCAACAGGAUGUGAAAGGAACAGUAGCAGCUACAGGUGCAGUUAAGGAUAACGUAAAUCCAAUGGUUUCACGAGGGAGAGGUCGCCCGGGUGUUAACACUCAAGCCACAGAGGGCUCUGGUCGUCUCCCAGGAGUUCGUAUCGUGAAAGCCAUACAAACAGUAGAAACGUCAAAAACGUCACUCGAAAAUGAAGAGACAGAGUCAAAUGCAUCAGAAACGAGUGGCCAAGCAAACGAGCGAGUGAGGCAAUUGGCAGGACUAACGAGUGGCACUCGACGCGUCGUUAUUCAAAAACCUCUUCCGGGAGUAAAAAAGAUCGCGACUUCGGUGCACAAAGUUGUCUCGAAUCUCCAGAAAGGACAGACCGCCGCCGCUCGUACCGUUCAGAAAGUAGGGCAAACUGUGCCAGGAAUAUUGAAGAAGGCAUCAGCUGGCAACGGCCAAAAAAUGGUCGUGAACGCGAGCAGAACUAUCGUGCAAGAUACAUCAGGGCCUUUGCGUGCUCCGAAAGUUGUUGUCAAUACCCUGAACAAUCAACGAGUCGUUUUGCAAAAAUCUGCUGUACCGUUGAAACGAGCCCCUGACAUAAGAACGAAUACUGUGAAAAUCGAAAAUCUUGCGGCGAGCACAUCGGAAUCGCAGAUACGAAGAAUGUGCCAAGGGAUUGGUACUCUAGAGAGCAUACACAUGGGCGAUGGUAAUGCUACAAUUGUGUUCAAGACACAAUCAGCUGCUCUGGUAUUUCAUAAGAAAUAUCAGCGAAAAAUGCUCGAUCUCUCACUGAUAAACGUGCGAUUGAUACAACAGCAGACCGCCACCAAUUAGGAGGUGAAUCAGUGUGCCGUUGGUGUUAAGCCAUGAAAACAAGUCAAAAUAACUUGUAAUUCUUUCUCGUUUUCAUUAUAUAUACGUAUAUUAUUAUAAGGUACUUCGAUAGCAAAGCCUUUCUAAUCGAAGGCUCUCCGAUGAAGUUUAAUUAGAAACAGCAAACAUAUUCUGCAGCUAAUUGAAUACGGAGACCUAUGUGAAAAAUCUCUAAAUAAAAGAGCCCUCAUUUUUCGAAGCAUUUCUAAGUCAUAUACAUUCGCGUCACUUAGUCUCGUGAUACAAUGGAUGGAGGUGUGAAUAUACCCUGAAGAAAUUUCCAUGCAAUUAUCACACCUUUUUUUCUUUUUAUUUUACUUGGAUUUUUUUUUUUUUUUAUAAAAAGUUUAAGGCAUAUAUUCGCUGAUGUAAAUAAUAAAUAUAUACACACAGUUCAUCUACACCGAGUGAUUUGUACUUGAUGUACAAGGAAGUUUAUAGUGAUCUUUAGACAAAUUGAAAUGAUUAUACAAUUUAUGUCUGUACGCAUAUAUAUAUAAAUAUAUAUUUGAAGGGAUUUAGAUAAAUUACUGACCGCUCAUAAAUGCUGGAAAGGAAAACCAUUUUUGUAAAAGUGACGGACGUUCCCUCAGGAUUUAAAUUACACAAAAAACAAAAUGUACAUCAACGUCGAGGAUUAAACGCCCAAGGUAUAUAAAUAUACUAGUAGCGCAUCCACGUUAUCAUGUUAUAUCGCUGCUAAGUAUUGACACUAAAUUAUGGAGAUGUUAUUUGUUUAAGAAAAAUCAGACUAUUCAUGACGCAGCAACUCUUCAUACGAUAAUUGUAUUACUUUGGCUCAAAAGUACAGCGGUAAUAAACUUUAAAUGUGAGAUAAAAAAA